AUGUAUCCCAGCAGGCCCCCUGUGCCCUCAGGGCCAGGUCAGUCCUACAAAUUUACAGUUGUCGAGACCUGUGAACGCAUCAAGGAUGAAUUUAACUUCGUUCAGCAGCAGUGUCAUCAACUCCAAACUGAGCGAGAGAAGCUCUUGAGUGAGCGUGUUGACAUGCAACGCAUAUGCGUUGUCUACUACGAAAUGGCCAAUGGAUUAAAUCUAGAAAUGCAUCGGCAGAUGGAAAUCUCAAAACGUCUUAACGCAAUCCUUAAUCAAGUCAUUCCUUUUCUUGCUGCCGAGCACCAAUCGCAGGUAGCAUCAGCUAUCGAACGCGCAAAGCAGGUUACAAUGCAGGAGUUAAAUUCAGUACUUACGGCCCAAAUGGAGGACUCGAAGUUGGCUAAUGUCUCUACCUUUUAUCCUCUAUUUUUAAAGCAAAUUCAGGCCCACCAGAUGUCGUCAGCAGGCAGUCCUUCAUCAUCUCUUCCCGGAAGCUCAUCCGCUAAUCAGACCGGUCCUCAUGGGUCGAACGUUGGCAGUGCCCCCGCUACUGGCGCAGCGUUCCCUGGAUCUACACCUGGUCUUCUUCCGUCCAGUGCACCUGGCCUGCAAAACGCCUUCAUUAAUGGAUUAAUGUCUGCUGCUGGCGGUGCCAUGAUGCCUCCCCCUGGCACUGCUGGUCUUCCUCUUAGUAGCGGUGCUGUUCGUGACAUUAAGGACUAUUCAAGCGAAGACAAACAGCGAGUGGCAGCCGCGGCAGCGGCAGCAGCUUCGCAGCUCUUUCGUGGUGGAGCCGUCGGCCAACCCAACCUUCCUGGCUCGCCGUUUUUGCCUGGUGGACCGGCCGCGAUGGCAGCUGCGGCUUCCUUUCCUGAGGGGUUUUUCGGUGCUGCUGCUGCAGCAGCAGGUGGAGUUGCCACAACGUCUCCAGGUGUUGCAAAUCUCAACGCUCCUGGUAGAACCUCCUCUGCCGGUGGCGGAGUUAGAAGUAAUAGCGGACACUCCGGAAUUAGUGGAGUCGCUGGUCCUGUUUCGUCCUCUGCCUCUUCUCUUCUCCCCCCACCGCCUCCUCCCACUCCAGGCAAUUCUUCCACAGCUCCCACCCCUCCAGAUGAAAAGAGGCGCAAGAUGGUGGAUCCAAAGCUGGAAUGUCCAAGCCGAGAAAAUGGAGGGUGUCGCAGUGCUGAUGAUAUGGACAAAUCUUCUACCUCAAGUGCUAUGUCUAUGAACGCAAGUCGCUCUGGUCGACAGCCGCUUAGUACGUUUUAUUCGGAAGUUUUUGGACUGUGA